UAUGGUGCUGAACUAGGCACACGUAUUUUUGUGAGCUCCUGGCGAUGUUUCAGUAAGUUCCUGAAAACUGUCCUUUAACUGCGUGAACAGUGAUAACUACUGCUUGUAGCGAGUUAUUAUCGACAUUAUGCCGGCAAAGAAAGCACAAAAUAAAGCUAAAGCACACUCUUCUCCGAGUGAGGAAGACGACGUCUCAGGUGCUAACAAUCAAGCUAAAUCUGCAGGUGAUGCUAGCUCUGGGUGUCUCUUAGACGUGAGUAUUGGAAUGGCCCACAACUUGGAUGUUAUUCAAAUACUCGACGGGAUCAGAAGUGACUUUUCCACAAAAAUUGAUGUGGUCCUGACAGCGAUCCAAGAUGUUAAAAGAGACGUGCAGGACUUCUCGAUGCGCAUGGAGGGGGCAGAGAAGCGCAUUAGCAGCGUGGAGGACACCGUUAAUUCAGAGAAAGGCAAGACAGAGGCGCUAGUUAAACAAGUGGCUCUCCUCACGAACAAACUCGAGGACCUCGAAAACCGUUCUCGUCGAAAUGACGCGGUGGCUUUCCUGGAGAAGUGGCUCCCCGAAGCGCUGGGACCAGCGACAUUCCCGAGACAACCUCUCAUCGAAAGAGCUCACCGGUUGCCUGGCCGGACGCAACCCAAUCGACCACCCACACCGAGAGUCCUCAUCGUGAAGUUUUUAAACUUCCAAGACAGAGUUCGGGUGAUGCGAGCGGCUAUGACCAAAGGGAAAGUUAUCUGUGGGGGCCAAGAGGUCAUGUUCUUCCCGGAUCUUUCCACAGAUCUUCACCGACGAAGGAGGGGCUUUGACCGGGUAAAACAGCAGCUGAGGUCGAUGAACAUACGUUACGGAUUAAUUUACCCAGCGAAGCUACGAGUGUCAUCUGAUGGACUUACGUAUGUCUUUGAGACCCCAGCAGAUGUGGAAAAAUUCAUCCAAGGUUUGCAGAACACAGAGAUAUAACGGAUUAUUUAUGGGAACUGUCAAAUCCUUUACUAUCUGCCCAUAACAACUGUAAUUUGAAAUUGUUGGAUUUACUGGCCAAUAUUGCUUAUCCUUGCUGUUAAAUUUUUUGGGGAGAGUAUUUUAUUUAUUUAUUUUUGUGUUUACUUUGGUUUACCAUUCCUUCAUUCUCCUCAGAUGUAAUGGG